AUGGAACGACAGCUGGGCCUUUUGACGGCGGAGGCACGGCACGGUACGGUAUCGUACAGCGCCCAUAGUCUACUCGUACAGUUCUGUGCCGACAACGACUAACGCAGGAUCUGUCCCAUUCCGGCACGAAAAGCCAGAUCUGAUCCGAUAAACCGUCCGGACUGUGGCUGAUGCCCUUACCUUCGUGCAAUAGAAUGGGAGAUCUGAUAAGUUUCCAAGCCCUGAUUGGAUGGCGUGGGAGAUUUUCAUUUUUAGCUUAGGGUGCUUCCUCCCUCCCUCCUGUCGGCCGCUGUGUAGACUAGGUUGGGUCUUUUGUUGCCUCGUUGCUUUGCCUCUGCCGCCGCUGCUCUUCACACACCCCAGUCCAGCCCGUUCCUUCGCUCCCUUCCCACCCCAACACCCCCAAAAAAGACACCCCCCCCCAGAUUGGUGGUUCUCCCUUCGUCUACCCAUCACCCCCACAGCUCUCCCGCUACACGAUCUUCAUCACCCACUGCAUCCACCUCUCCCACCACCACCACCACCCUUCUCCAAUAACCACCUUCUCCUCUUUUAUAUCGAACAUUGUUUUUUUUUCCUUUCAAUAAUAUCGCCUUUUCGGGGCCAACGUACUCAUGGCUUGUAAGUCUGCUCGUGUCUUUUUCGGUCCGCGUUGUUGCUGCCCUAUUUUCCCCUGGUCAUCCAUCCUAUUCCCGCCGCUCGCUCUUUUGCCCACUCCGAACACCACCCUUUAAAUCAUUCUCCUGGCCCACUGAGGUCUGUGGAAAUGUGUCGGAUGCUUUGCCGAGUCUGUCGCCGUUAUGUUGCUUCGCGUGCUCUUGUUCCCUUUCCAUGUAGCCUUGCGGUGACCCCUUUGACCCCCCGGUACUUUCCAUCGCGGGCCAUCGUCAACAUCGGGUCCUGCAUCCCCGAAGCAUCGUAGGCACUCAUCUCGGGCCUCUAUACCAUUGAUGGACCCCUCAUUUUGGUCGCCUCAUUCGCCGUGACCUGCCUCAGCUUUCCGCUUCUCCCUGCCCCGUUUUUGGUCCCAUUACUGAUGCUGGCGCUCGAAUACAGCAGGUAGUGUGAGCUUAGCCUCACCUCCGGCCCUCCUGACAUCUACCACGACACAUCCGGAUCCUGUAUACACCAAUGGCAAUGAUACCUUGUCACCUGCGAGCUCCUCGCCAAGUGAGGGACCGCUGUCCGACGUUGAGGAGGAGGAUGUGGGAGCCCAGCAAGAAUCCAUCUCUACUCCCGAAUCUGGGGAUCGGGACGAGGUGGUUUCGAGCGCCUCAUCUGACGAGGGCGAUGAUGGUGGCCAAUCCGAAGAUGGGGACUACGAGAUAGAGACCCCAGCGGAAGAACCGGCCGAUGACCAUAACGAUGACUCUGACGACUCAGACAUUCCUGUCAAGAAUGCCGGGAGUUUGAGGCGAGCGGCGAAAUCGAAGCCCAUUGACGACUUUCACGAGAACCCAGACCUUUAUGGCCUGCGUAGGAGUGUGGGUUACAUGCUACUGCUAUUUUGGUGAAGCAUAGACUGACCAAUUCAUUAUAGGAACGUGCCCGCCCUGCUGCUCGUCCAGUGGUAUGUGCUCAGACAUUGCAGCCCAUGUAGUCGUGUGUCUUGUAGCUUUCGGGGGGGGGGUUUGCUAAUAACUUGGAUAGGUUGAUACUACUUCCGAUUCGGAUGACUCGGAGCCCAAGAGCAACCGCAAGAGGCGGAGAACGAUGACUGCCCCCCGCUCGUCAAAGUGUUAGCUAUUUCAAUUCAAUUAUGGAAGGGGGGGAAUCAAGCUGACAUGCUCCUUAGCUUCCAAGCGUAAUACUCCGGCCCUCGGAUGUGAGACCGGGGACAGCGACGAUGACGAGGACGAUUAUGGGGUUCGAAAAACUUCAAAGUCAAGGGGCAAGCGUCGGCGCCUUGUGGUUUCCGAUGCGCCCUCGGCCGAUGGUCUCCGGUUUUCCACUCGCAAGGCGGCCAAAAUUACCAGUUAUAACGAAGAUGGAGACGAUGACUUCGAGGAGGAUGACGAUGGCGCCAUUCCCUACGAAUGCGCAGACCUGGGCGCAGAUGUAGGGGGCAUUGAUUCGAUACUUGAUCAUCGGCCUCGUGAGGGCAUAGGUAGGCAUUCCUGGGAGCUUGUAGGUGAUUAUGGCUAAUGCUGGCAGUGGGCUCAACCGAUCCGGUCAUGGAGCGAGGAGAACUCGAAUUCUAUGUAAGUUAUUUCGUCCAAUUAGCCGGCCACCGCACCUCUUACUGAUUUUCAUAGAUCAAAUGGCAGGGAUUAUCGCAUUAUCACUCGACUUGGGAGACAGCUGAAGCUCUGGCCGGAUGUAAGGGAAUUAGAAAGCUCGACAAUUACAUGAAAAAGGUCGUCCUCGAGGACUACUACGCCAGGACCAACCCGCACAUCACCAGGGAAGAGGUUGAGAACAUGGCCCUGGAGCGUGAACGAUUACGUGAAUCUCUUGCGGAAUUUGUUCAUGUGGAGAGGGUCAUUGGAGACCAAGUCAAUGAAGAAGGAAACCAGGAGUACAUGAUUAAAUGUGAGUUUGGGGUGACGUCGAAUCCUCUCUCAAUAGAUGCUCAUUGCCCCCCCCCCUUUUUUUUGAUACAGGGAAGCGACUUGCGUAUGAAAAUUGUACCUGGGAGAGCGCCGAGUUGAUCGCAGAAAUCGCCCCUGUUGAAAUUGACAAACACCAUGCCCGUGAAAAGACCCUUCCAUAUUCGAAGAAGUCUGAGAGCGAUGUGAAGACCCGCCGGCCCUACAAGAAGCUCGAGGGCCAGCCCGGUUACAUCAAAGGGGGGGAGUUGCGUGAUUUCCAAAUGAAGGGGUUGAACUGGCUGGCUUAUAACUGGACCAAUGGCAACAACGGAAUACUGGCAGACGAGAUGGGCCUUGGGAAGACGGUCCAAACGGUCGCCUUUAUGAGUUGGGUAGGUAACCAAUUGUGCUGCUCUGUCCCGCCUGGUUUAACUCUGUCUGACGCUUCUUUAGCUCCGCCAUGACCGUCAUCAACAUGGACCAUUCCUAGUUGUCGUGCCCUUAUCUACGGUACCGUCGUGGGCCGAAACCCUGGAAAAUUGGGCACCGGAUAUCAAUUUUAUAGUUUACACGGGGACGGGAAAAGCGCGUGAAGUAAUCCGCAAAUACGAAAUGUUUGCGGACCCUGGAAUGGCGAAGGUUAAGUUUAACUGCAUGGUCACCACCUACGAGUACAUCCUGAACGACUUCGCUACCCUGGGGAACAUUAGGUGGCAGUUUCUGGCGGUCGACGAAGCUCAUAGGCUCAAGAAUAAAGAAUCUGCCCUAUAUGACAAGCUGAAUGUCUUUAAAGCCCCUUGCCGUCUCCUGAUUACCGGAACCCCAUUGCAGAACAACUUGAAGGAGUUGGGAGCAUUGGUCGAUUUUCUCAUGCCUGGUAGAAUAAGCAUAGACAAUGACGUUGAUCUUCAGUCCAAGGAUGCCGGUCGACAGAUUGAGCAGCUACAACAGGCUUUGAAACCUUAUAUGCUCAGGCGUGUUAAGAAAUCAGUUGAAAAAUCGCUGCCCGGGAAAACAGAGAAGAUUAUUCGAGUCGAGCUUUCUGAUGUCCAGACCGAGUACUAUAAGGCGAUCAUCACCCGCAAUUAUGCAGCCUUGAAUGCUGGCGCGACAGGUCCAAAACAAUCCUUACUUAAUAUCGUCAUGGAAUUGAAGAAGAUUAGUAACCAUCCAUUCAUGUUCCCUCCUGCCGAGCAGCGUAUCCUCGGCGGUAGCAACAAGCGGGAGGAUGUGUUGAAGGCAUUGAUUAUGAGUAGCGGAAAGAUGGUUUUGUUGGAUCAAUUGCUCACAAAGCUUAAGGCUGAUAAUCACCGUGUGUUGAUAUUCAGCCAGAUGGUGCAUAUGUUGGAUAUUCUUGCCGACUAUCUCAAUCUUAAGGGGUUCUCCUUUCAGCGCCUCGAUGGAACAAUCGCAGCCGGGCCCCGCCGUGUUGCUAUUGAUCAUUUCAACGCACCGGAUAGUCCAGAUUUCUGCUUUUUGCUGAGUACACGUGCUGGUGGUCUAGGGAUUAACCUGAUGACCGCAGAUACUGUCAUCCUUUUUGAUUCGGACUGGAAUCCUCAGGCUGACCUGCAAGCUAUGGCCCGUGCUCAUCGUAUAGGCCAGAAGGCACAUGUAAUGGUGUAUCGAUUGGUAUCAAAAGGUGAUUGUUCCGUCACUGGCUUUUUUCUUGUCAUGGCUAACAUUUGUGGAUAGAUACAAUUGAAGAGGAGGUCUUGGAGCGUGCCCGAAACAAGAUGAUUCUUGAGCACUUGGUUAUUUCGCUUGGUGUCACUGAUAAAGGCAUUACCGAUAAAGUCAAGAAGAAGACGGAUCGAUUAGAGUCGGCCGAACUUUCAGCCAUCCUCAAGGUAAGCCUUUUGCUGGCCUUUCUUUCCACGACCAGUGUGAUCAAUGUUUCUGCCAUAGGCUCGUGCAUCGAAAAUGUUUGAGGCUACCGAUAACCAGAAGAAAUUGGAGGAGCUCAAAAUUGAUGAUAUUCUUCUCAAUGCCGAAGAUCACAUCACCCAAAUAGAACCUGGCCUAGGUGGUGAGGGGGGGGAUGAAUUUCUCAAGCAGUUUGAAGUAACCGACUUCAAGGCCGAAGUUUCGUGGGACGAUAUCAUCCCCAAGGAGGAAUUGGAUGCUAUCAAGUCCGAGGAACAGAAGGAGGAGGCAUGUUCAACCUGACAAAAAUAACCACUCUUAAUAUUUCUAACGUCUUCAUAGGAGCAAGCGUUUUUGAAAGAGCAAAUUGAUAUGAAUGCGAGACGGAAACGGAAGUCGGCCACAAAUGGGGAAUUUGAAGGACGGUCAGCUAAGAGGCGAGCCAAGGAGCUUUCCGCAGCCCAUAUCGACAGUGAGGACGAUGAGCCUGAGAAGGACCCUCAUCGACCUCUCACUGGACCCGAAAUUAGAAACCUCUAUCGAGCCUACGCCCGAUAUGGCUGCCUUGAGCAGUGCUGGGAACAGAUCAUUAAAGGCUGCGGAUUGGAGGACCGUGACCCAGGCUUGGUUAAGACAGCUAUCGCCGACAUGACCCAAAUUGGUGAGGAGGCAAUCGCUCGUCAACGCGCUAUUGACGAUGGCACCGGGAAAAAGUCAAAACAGGCCAUCUUGUUCGCCUAUAAGGGAUGUCCAAACAUCAAUGCGCAAACAGUGGUCGAGAGACCUAGGGAAUUAAAGGAGCUCCGGAGAGCUGUUGCAUCGUUCAGCGAGCCCUUGAAGUUUCGGAUUGAGGAUGUCAAACCAGUGCAUAAUUGGGCUUGCGAGUGGGGUACUCGUGAAGAUGCCAUGCUUUGUGUUGGCAUCGCUAGACAUGGCUAUGGGAGUUGGAAUUUGAUCCGUGACGAUCCUGAGCUUGGGAUGGGCGACAGAUUCUUCCUGGAGGAGCAUCGCGUUGGAAAAAAGGAUGAGGCGGCAAAAUCCCCUGGAGCUGUCCAUCUUGUCCGCAGGGCAGACUACUUGCUUGGAGUAAUGAGAACUCGGUUUGGAGCCGCUGUUACCGCGGCACCUCCCACGAGCAGACAUAGGAGAUCGCCGGAUACCAAUUCUCGCCAGCCGCAAAAGAGGAAUGGGGCUUCUGCGGUCGAUAGGGUUAGUAAAAAGGAUCGUGUCUCUUCAUCAGCUUCACCCGCGCCGCCUAGGAAGUAUAAAUAUCAAACCGUUGAUUCAAGUGAGAAGCACCGCACUGAGAAGCACCGUCCCGAAAAACGCCGUUCCGAGACGCAUCGCCCUGAAAAGCGUCGCCACGAGGAGAAGGGACGUUAUCAGGACAAAGUCCGCCAUGAGGAGAAGGAGCGCUACCAGGACAAAGCCCGUUAUCAAGAGAAGGGGCGUAGCCAGGACAAGACUCUCGUUUCCUCGAAAAAGCGCAAGAGCGAUAGCCAUGAAGCCGACAGCGCGAGCCGGAAAAAAGCCGGGUCGCCCCCGCCCCCCAAGACCAAUGUGAAGGGCAACGGACAUGUCACCGAAGUGAAUAGGCCAUUGACUGCUGAGGAAUCCAUGGCUGAGGUACUUCCUUCCUUCCCUCCUUGCCUUUCAUUCGAACCGGGCUAAUGAAACUAUAGAGUAAACUGCGCCCUGUCCGUCGCAAAUUGGAAGCUCUUGAGCAUGUCAAGGAGCUCCAGAAAACGGAUAGACUUAAGGUUCUGAAAGAAAAUCUCCUGGCAGUUGGCAAGUUUAUCAACAAGAUUGAGAGAACUGAGAAGGCCGAGAAGAACCUUCAUCAAAAUCUUUGGUAAGAUAUAGUUUGAGAUAGGCCUAGGAGAUCCUUGCUGACUGUGUCUAGGUAUGUCGUUUGGCGCUUUUGGCCCCACCAUGAGAAGCCAUGGCAGGCGCUGGCAGAGUUUUCUGCCAAACUGAUAGAGAGCGAGCGGGCCGAAAGGGCGGCGGCGGCGGCGGAGGCAAAUUCAACGUGAUGGGUUGGAGCGGCGGCGGAACUGGGCCGAACUAGGUUCAUGAUUCCUUCAUUCUUGUCUAUAGUUCUAGGGUGUUGGUCUUUUUCUUUUCUUUUUUUCUUGUCAUAUCUCUCUGUUCUUUUAUCCCUUUACCCCCCCCUUCUUACAUGCUCCUAACUUCUCUCUCGUGGUCCUUUCAAUGGCGCUUUCUCUCUUUCUCUCUUUCUCCCUCCCGCUCCCACUCCUUCUCCUUCUCCUCUUCCCCUUUCCCAUUAUAUCUACAUAUCUGAGGGCAUAGCAAGCGAACUCAACGGCGUCAUGUGAAAAUUUUGUGGGGUUAAUCCUUUGUUUUACUUUGUGGGUGUAUAGUGGGUCUCGGGUCGGUGCGAUUUGUCUUUUAUUAUUGUUAUUACCACCGUUUGAAUCUCAAUUUCAUAGGUUGCGGUUUCUUAUUCCCUCUUCUAGGUCAAUUAUUCAUUGUAUUUUUU